AUGGUCAAGCUUGAAGAGGUUCUCGACGAGGAGUUCAACAGAGAACAGGCCGGGCCCCAAGUCGAGGACGAAUGGGACACCAGCGAUGACGACGAGGAAGAAUACAUGCCCGACGAAAGCUUUGCCGACAGACUCGCCGCCCUCAAGGACAUUGUACCCNCCACAUACCGCAAGACCCUCUCCAACACCGUGUCCACAACCUCGAGCUGGGUGCAGACCACACUCAACUACGGCGGAAAGACUCUCUGGGUUGUCAGCACCAGCGUGUUGCUGUUGGGUGUGCCGUGGGCAUUGGCUUUCGCAGAGGAGCAGCAGAUGGCCGAGAUGGAGAGAGAAAUGAAGAUGCAGCAGAGUGCCAAUGAGCAGCAACAAUCGCAGGCCAAGCCCGCUCUGUAA